GUUAGGGUCUCUUCAGUCUCUCCUGCAAACUGGCUGCUGCUGGGAGGUCACUCCCCAAAAAACCUGCCGAAAAAGCAAAAUAUUUGUCUUGGGGUGUGGGGCGGGCCCCAGCCUCUGCAAAUUGGGAGACACACUCACAUGCUGCUUGACACACGGGAGAUCCCGGAGAAGAGCGGCGAGGCUUUGGAAAGGAGGCUUUUACCUUGGUCCCUCCAGCAUCAGCACCAUGCGUUGGGCCACCGUCCUGAUCAUCGCUGGGCUCUGCGGAGCCUCCCUGGGCCAGUACAAUGAAGAAGAAGACAUGGCUUGGUUACAGUAUUACAUGAGGCAGUCCCGUAUGUCCUCCUAUAACUACAUGCCCUACUACGAGGACGAGAACACCCCUUACGUGUACUCUUACCUCCCAGCUCCAGACACGGGGGCAGAGCCCGGCCCUGAACCUCAGCAAGCCCCUUCCUGGCAAUGUCCCCAAGAGUGUGAUUGCCCCCCUAACUUCUCAUCAGCCAUGUACUGUGACACCCGUAACCUGAGGUACCUGCCCUUCGUGCCUUCCCGGAUGAAAUACGUCUACUUCCAGAACAACCAGAUCACCGCCAUCCAAGAGGGAGCUUUUGACAAUGCCACGGAGCUGGAGUGGCUCGCGCUGCACAAUAACCAGAUCAACAGUGAGAAGAUGGGCAAGAGGGUCUUUGCCAAGCUCAAAAACCUGGAGAGGCUGUACAUGAACAACAAUAACCUAACCAAGAUGCCAAGUCCCUUGCCCCGGUCCCUGAGAGAGCUCCAUUUGUCUUACAAUCAGAUCUCCAAGGUCCCCUCCAAUGCUCUGGAGGGUCUGGAGAACCUCACAGCCCUGUACCUCAGCCACAACUACAUUUUUGAGAUGGGAGCAUCCCUCAAAGGGCUCAAGUCCUUGAUCCUUGCUGAUCUGAGCUACAACCACCUCAGGAAAGUCCCUGAUGGGCUCCCAAUGGCUUUGGAACAGCUCUACCUAGAGUACAACUACAUCAACACCAUCCCUGAUGACUAUUUCAAGGUCUCUCCCAAGCUGCUCUAUGUACGGAUGUCCCAUAACAGCCUGACAAAUCAAGGUCUCUCUACCAACACUUUCAACAGCAGCAGCAUCCUCGAGCUGGACCUCUCUUACAACAGGCUCCAGAAGAUCCCCCGGGUCAACACCAACCUCGAGAACCUCUACCUUCAAGGAAACCAAAUCAACGAGUUCUCCAUCAGCAGCUUCUGCACCGUGGUGGACGUCAUGAACUACUCCAGGCUCCAGGUCCUGCGGCUCGACGGGAACGAGAUCAAGCGAAACGCGGUGCCCCCCGACGCCCCGCUGUGCCUGCGGCGUGCCACCAUCAUCGAGAUCUAGCCUGGCCCCCACCUGGCCCCUUCCCCAUCCUCAGGACUUGGCUCCCCCGUUCCUGGGGAGACACUCACUCCCA